GUCAGGCACGCCAGCGGCCAAAGAAGAAUCGAAAGUGGUAGGGUGGAAAGCUGCAGCGAAUAUUGGGAAGGGGCAGGCUUUUCUAGGCCGGGCAGGCCAGAGCGAAGCGGGAUCUGUCUGUCUCCUAGCCUCCCCAUGAGCCUGUCAACGCAUCCUGACUAAUGCAGGAAGUGCUGAGGAUACUGCCUCUGCAGGGGAUUGUAGGAUUGAAUUUUAUUGGAAAUGAACAGUCGUAAAUCAAAGAGUAACAACUUAAUACAUGCAGAGUGCCUUUCUAAGGUACAAAGAAUAUUACGUGAAAGAUUUUGUCAUCAGAGUCUACAUACUAAUCUAUAUGGACUUCAAGCACAGUACAAACAUUUAAUUGAGCUACUAAAAAGAACUGCUAUCCAUGGAGAAAGUAACUCUGUACUUAUUAUUGGACCCCGAGGAUCAGGAAAGACCACGUUAAUAAAUCAUGCUUUGAAAGAACUCAUGGAUAUAGAAGAGGUGAAUGAAAAUGUAUUACAAGUUCACCUAAAUGGACUGCUGCAGAUCAAUGAUAAAAUUGCUCUGAAGGAAAUCACAAGGCAGUUAAAUCUGGAAAAUGUAGUUGGAGAUAAAGUUUUUGGAAGCUUUGCUGAAAACCUUUCAUUCCUUCUGGAAGCUUUAAAAAAAGGUGACCGAACUAGCAGUUGCCCGGUGAUCUUCAUAUUAGAUGAAUUUGAUCUUUUUGCUCAUCAUAAGAACCAAACACUCCUCUAUAAUCUUUUUGACAUUUCUCAGUCUGCACAGACUCCAGUAGCAGUUAUUGGCCUUACAUGUAGAUUGGACAUUUUGGAACUCUUAGAAAAAAGAGUGAAGUCAAGAUUUUCUCACCGGCAGAUACACUUAAUGAAUUCAUUUGGGUUUCCACAGUAUGUAAAAAUAUUUAAAGAAGAGUUAUUACUACCUGAAGAAAUUUCAGAUAAGCAUUUUGCUGAGAAGUGGAAUGAGAAUGUUCAGUGUCUUUCAGAAGAUACAAGUGUGAGAGAAGUUCUACAAAAGCAUUUUAAUAUCAGCAAAAACCUGCGGUCCUUACAUACACUACUGAUGCUAGCUUUAAGUCGAGUAACAGUAUCACAUCCAUUUUUGACUGCAGCAGACUUCAUGGAGGCAAACCAGCUUUGUAGCAUGGAUUCUAAAGCAAAUAUUGUGCAUGGUCUAUCAGUCUUAGAAAUCUGUCUUAUAAUAGCAAUGAAACAUUUAAAUGAUAUCUAUGAAGAGGAGCCCUUUAAUUUUCAAAUGGUCUAUAAUGAAUUUCAGAAGUUUGUUCAAAGAAAGGCCCAUUCUGUGUAUAAUUUUGAGAAACCUGUUGUCAUGAAGGCAUUUGAACACUUACAACAAUUAGAAUUAAUAAAGCCUAUGGAAAGAACUUCAGUAAAUUCACAGAGAGAGUACCAGCUGAUGAAACUGCUUUUGGAUAAUACUCAAAUUAUGAAUGCUCUGCAGAAAUACCCCAACUGUCCUACAGAUGUUAGGCAGUGGGCAACAUCCUCAUUAAGCUGGUUAUGAACAUGGCUUUCAGCAUUUCAGGCAUACACCUCCAAAGAACUAAAAGCUGCUGUCGUUGUAACAAGAAAUGUUAUUAUAUUCCUUUAUAUUUAUAAAAAUUUUUGUAUUUAUGAACAACUGUUGGACGUGUGAUGUCUUAGCUCUGUGUCUUGCCUUUGGAUCAUGAGUAUUUUUGUCAUUUGUAAUUCCAGGGAUCAAUUUAGAUUGUCCUAUAAGCAGUUAAAAAGAAUAAAAUGUGACUGCUCUAAGGAUUGAAUCAGGUGGUUAUUUAACACUUGUUAAGCAUCUGUGUGGUACAUUUGAAGAGUUCAUUCCUGCCAAACAUCCUGAUAUUUUUACAAAUCUUAAAAAUCAGUAAAGAAACAUAAGAAUUGAUGUGAAUAAAUAAAUAAAUGCGAUCGCCUUUUGGUUCCA